AUGGUGCAGGCACUCUACAACUCACAUUUCCUCAGCAAUCUCUCUGUAUACUCCGUUCAAGCAAUUGUCAUAUCGACCGAGGUUGCUCAUAAUCUUGGAUUGAGUCAACUGAACGCGACUUUAUUCAAUGCUGCAGUUCGCAUUGCUGAAUGCCUUGGGAUCCACAAGAUUCAAGAUCAAUCAACAAAGAUUGCCCAAAACAAAGAUGAGUGGGAUGAGAAGGUGGAGCGAGAGGUCGGAAAGAGGGUAUGGUGCCAAAUGAUCAUACAGGACCAUUUUGCCAUUCCCUUUACCGAUACCUACAGUAUCUCUCCGAUGCAUUUCUCGACCGGUCGCCCCAUGAACGCAGAUGACUAUGACCUGACGGAUAUGCCCAUCACAACCCCCACCAUUAGCACUUACAUUCGUGUGCUCGUGAAUUUGGCAGAAUUGAUGCCUGGUCUAGUUGACGGGCUUGGUCCAAUGAAAUUCAGAAAGCCUAUGCGACAGCAAUACGAACAUAUUUUGGAGAUAGAUCAGAAAAUGAGAGGCAUCGUGAAAAACAUACCACCUUUCUUUCUGCGUGGAGAUAAAACAAAGGAAGCACAAAUUCCAUGGCUUGCGAUCGCUAGACGGAGUCUGGCUAUCACUGCGGCCGAAAAGAUUAUCAUGAUCCAUCGGCCAUUUCUCUUCCGCUCUUUCAAUGACCCUACAUAUAUCUAUUCUAGACGAACCUGUGUUGCGGCUGCAAUGACAAUUUUGCGUGAGCACGAGGUAAUCGUAAGAGAAGGGGAUAUCUCAAUAUGGACUCAUACUGCUUUUGCGAUUACCGCUGCAGUCAUCAUGUGCUUUGAGGUUAAUGCAACUGCAGAGAAUCAAGCCAAUAUUGCGCAAAGUCACAAGGAUGCAAUAGUCGCGGCUCGCGCCCGCCUUGCCGAUCGAAUUAAUGAUGUGCUUGCUCAGCGUGGUGUGGCGUUAAUCGAUGCGAUCUUUACUUCCGAUACAGCCUCGGGCAAUCCAGGACUUGGAAACAGAACGAUUGAUUUUGGCCAAAUUCUGGCCAAGUUCUCGACUUUUACCAGAAUGAAUCUAGGCCCUGAAACCCCUGACACAUCUGUUAGCAGAUUUUCGAACUCCGACCCUCAAGAUGUGAUCGGUGCCCAUUUUACCGAAAUGCAGCCGGCUUGGGAUACAGCGGAAGAUAUCGAUUUCGAUGCAUGGUUCAACGGAACUUUCCACACUCUACAUGAUCCUCUUCAGUUCUGA